CAUUAACCGUAUGAUUCUUUUCUUCUUUACUUUCCUUUACUUUCCCUCAUUAUCUUCGCACUUUUGUUUCAAGUAAAACAGUUAAGAAAGUUUAAACGCCAGCAGCAUCAGAUGGCAUCACCGGAAAAUCAGUCGAGCAUCGAAACGCCGUCGUUUCAUUCAUCCUUCGCCGAUUCCUGGAUCACCGAAGCCUUCUCUCGCGACAACCAGGCGUUGACUAUAGCACUACAAAAGUCAAUCUCCGAUUCCUUCGUCAACCCCGUCGCUUGGCCCGCGCCCGAAACAUCCCCAAAACGACAGCGCACAGCCAAUCCGCCGCCGCUGCCUCUAACCGAGAAAAUCUCCAAACGCAAGCCGCGGGCUUCGAAGCGGUCUCAAACCACGUUUAUAACGGCGGAUCCGGCUGAUUUCAGGCAGAAGGUGCAACAGGUGACUGGUUUCAGUUUCGGCGAAGGGCAGGUGCCGGUGAGUCCGAUCCUUAAGCCCGAGCCUCAGAGACCCGGCAACCGGUUGCAUAACGUUGCUGGCCCAGGAUUUUUACCGACGCUGGAUACCUCGGCGGUCUUGUUGGAUCAUCAGCAACCAUUUUCUGGAGCAGUUGUCGGGUCUAGCUUAGAUUGUGAAAUUUUCCCGAGCUUUCCCACUCUAGAUUCCUGGAAAGUUUAAUUUUUGUUUUUAAUUUACUUCCCACCCUAAGAUAUCGUGGAUAAUGUAAGGGUUAGGAAUGCUAAUGAAAAUUGGAGUGGGAUAAUUAACUUU